UGCUUUGGGUUGUAGCUAAAUGAGUUAAAUACCAUUUUUAUGGGUUUUUAACAAAUCAGAGUCAAGUAUUAACACAGCUGGAUAAUAACUGCUGUGAGGCUAGAAUUUCAAUUCACACCAUUGUCUUUUUUAACAGCUUUUUUUCUGAAUGUGUUUGAUGGGUUAGUGAGCUAGCGUUGGCGUUGCUGUGUUAACGUCCGAAGAGUGCCAAGGAGUAACUGGACGUCAACUCAAAACUACUGACUUCAAUGUUUUGAUCACCUACUUGUUAAAAAAAAUUAGAUUAGAGAACAAUCAACCCCCGAUGAAAACAGCUGAGCCCUGUGUAGCUAGUUUGAAGAUUUUUAAGCUUAGGUUUGGGAGACAUGGGCUCACGAUUUGCAGUCGUACCUGCUGUUUGAUCUGCAUUUCUCCAUGUUCAAUGACCCAUCUGAAAAAUGUAUAAAAACAUAUAAUUGAAUCACAGAAUUUCAGCCAAUUUAACUGAUGAUCUAGAUUAUUAAUUUUGAGGUCCCAGCACCAAUCUUUUACACACUUGCACACAGACAUACACAGUUAUAUAAACAGAGCUCAGCGGGUCUUAGGAUGCGCCCCUCACAGAUGGAGAGAGGACAGCAGAGCAGAGGCAGAUGGCCGUCUGCUCUCCUCCAGUCUCUCUUCUCUCCUCUCCCUUUGAUUUUCUUGUCCCAGUAGUGCACUAAAAUGCAGGAAAGCUGGUAAAACAGGUCAGAGAGUCAAGAUGUGCAGCCAUGUUGGCAGCUGGAUUCUUACUCUUAAUAAUCUGCUUCUAUGCAAAGUACAUUUAAUAAUUUGGACUAGUGUAAAGGGCCUGUUUUGUUAAGUGCAUUUGCCUGUCUCUUGAGGUGAACAAAAUGAAUGAACCCACUGUUACCCUAUUAAAUUGCAUAACAAAAAUUCUACAAAUGCAGAAUUUACUGAUAAAAACAUAUCAUUUGAAUCAUUUUUAUGUCGCUUCCUUGAGAUCUCUUCUCUGUAGAAACACACACUUUUAGGCCAAAAUCUUCAUAAAGUGGUGGAGUCACUAUUGUGUGUUACAUAAUAAAGUCAUGUCCCACUAACUUUCUCCCCUAGGGGAAAAUCAAGCUAAAUAUAAUCCCAUCUGGCCUGCACAUAAACCUGAUUGUCAUGCAGACAGGCAUGUAAAUUUGUCUCAGUCAGUGAUGGCGCAGGAGCAGAGAGACCCUCUGAGGUGAUGUGUGUGAGGAGGAGAAGUUCUCCAACCUUAAAUUUGAGGUACAGACCUGAAGGGUUUAGAAAUAAGCAUUCAUUAAUGUAAACGGUGUUUCCUCACCAUCUACAUUUCUAUGGAUUUGAAUAGCAGCUGAUACAAAUGACCCCUUAGACACUGAAAUUAAUAAUAUCUUUGAAAGAAACAGAUGCUGAAAUUUCUGCAGUUUUCAUUGACAUUUCACUCUCUGUUAGCAUCAAGCUGUUAUUAUUUGUCAUAUUUACAGGAGUUUUAACCUGAAACUGUCACACUUAUUAAAACCAGGUAUUUCAUUCUGCCCGAUUAUUGAGGCUAAUUGAUAAUGGUACCAGUAUCAGGACAGCUCUGAUAAAUUUGUAGGAACUAUCUGGGCUCUCCAGGAUCGCCCCGCGAGUAUCACCUUACUGCGAAUCAAACCACAAAACACUGUGUUAAUGUAAACAUGUUUUCCUCGUUCACUGGAGAUGCAACCGCAGCAGGGAAAGUGUGCCAACUCCUCGGUCUGUUUCACAACACUGUGAAAUGCUUCUUCUGCUUGUUAGUUUUAUUGUAUAUAGGGUGUCUCUGGAUAAAACAGCCCCCGGAGAGGGUCAGCUGGUCUCAGAGAUAAACAGAGGUGUAAGAAUUCAUACUGUUGAACCAUUCUGCACCUUGGCUUCAAGUCCACUGAGACAUGCUGUUGCGUAAGGGCUGACACUAUGGAAAAGAUCAUUCUGAGCGCUGUAUUUCUUCUGUAAGUUGUGUUAUGUAACGCCCUCUCUCGCUGUGCUCAUUCAGGGUAAUCAGUGAUUAAUUAAUUAAUGGGUUUUCUUCCUGAGUGCAGCGUCACUCAUAGACAGACUGUCCUUUGUGUGACUGAGUCACGCAGAGACAAGCCCACACGACAACAGCAUAAGCACCACUGGAUUUAUGAUCUUGAACGUUAUCGUCGUUACACUUUUUCUUUGUUUGAACGCACCGGGCUGAGGAUGUCAGUGUGCUUAGCGUCACAGAAGCUAACCUCCAAACAGCAUUAGAGAGAAACUGACUGAUUUUAACAUGCAGUUACGAUUUUAAGUGUAUUUACCGAUUUAAGCUACCAGGGCUUUGGUUACGCUUAGCAGUUAGAUCACAGGUUCGAUGCUGACCCUUGACCCUUUGCUCGAUAUCAUUCCCUACACUUUCUCCCCGGUUUCCCACUCUACAGUUUAUCUCCCAUUUCAGGUGCAACCCCCCGCCAAUAAAAUCAAAACUUAACUUUUAACGCUCUGGUGUGGAAGUUUUUCUUUGUGACAGUUUUGGCGCCCCCUGUGACAAAGCAGUCUUUGCUGAUCUUGUCCUUUAUAUACUGAAGAAGCAGAACAUGUAAAACCAGGGCUUCUUCUGCUGACACCUACCCUCUCACACCAGGUUUAGGCAUUAAAAAUUUCAAAAUACUAUUUUUCAGUGUUGUUGCUGAUAGUCUUGUUUGCUUUUGUAGAUCACAAAAAAGCAUCUGUAUGAAUAUUAGUGUAUUUCAUAAACAUCAUAAAAUUCCUCACAGGAGCUUUAAGGAGCUUGUUCUGCAUGUCGUUUUUUGUAGAUACUUUGAAAACGAUGAGUACUAAUAAAAUCUUGUCCUAAAAUCAAGCGAAACAAGUUAGCUUCGUUAGUAGACUCCUUGACUCUCUUUGUCUUAAAAAAACCCACAAAAACUAACUAACACACAAUUAAAAUUGUGAAGAUGUUUUAACACCACUUUCCCCUUGUUGUGAAUAAUGAUGGCUGGAUUCCACAAGUUUUGACCUACAGCUCGUCCACUGCAGCACUAAAAACAUGUCAUUUAUGAUUGACACAUAAUGAAUGACUUCACUUUAUUCAAAUUAGGGUAUCUGAUCAAUAUUAAACUGUUGAAAUCAUGACCCUGACACUGCUGUUGGACUGCAUUGAGGCAGGUAGGCGAUGGUAAGCCUACCGUCCUCAAUGCAUACCACAGAAACGGCAAAAUACAAACUUUCUACAUGAGACCCUCAGCUACGCCCUCAUUUCCUUUCAGAUAUUUUGAUAACACACAGCUAGUCUAGACCAGCAGCAGUCUGGUUUGAUAAUACACAAAUACACACACACACACAAACAGUUCAUUAUGCCAGUCUGCUGAGGUGCCAGCAAUCUGGCAUAUGACAAGCAGGCAGAUGAAGACGGAGGAGGAUGAGUAUGAUGAGGAGGGGGUCAGUCUGUCUGCAGAAAGUGGCAGACGCACACCAUGUGAUGUUGUGACUAUCUGAGAGUAGAUACGGGUUUCAGGAAGGAGAAUUGUGAAUGUAGGGCAACAGGAAAACAGGCAUACAUUGUACUCCACAGGGAUCAGCCAUAACUGGACUCUGACAUUUGUAGAGUCAAAACUUCAUAAACAUCCCGCUGAUACAGACCAGUUUUUUAAAGAGGGCGAUAAAACUCAAGACACCCACUCACAGGAUCGACUGCAAACACAUAUAAAUGUCUUCCUGUACAGUCCUCUCUUUUCAACAACACAACAAUCAUUUAUUGUGAGAUAAUCUACCUCAGUCAUAGCAAGAUGAGCUUGUACUUCUUCAUUCAGUUUUCAUUUCAUUCAAAUGUUUUUCUCAGGAUUUUCAUCAGUCAGAGUGACGCAGGACAAUCACAACCCAGUAGGGCUGUGUAAUCCCUUCAUGUAAACUGACAGAUGAAAAAUUGUGAAUCGCCAAAACUGGAUUAGGAAAGGUCACGCAUAGACACAUGAAUAUGUUGCAGACAUGAGAUUAUGUUUUUUUUUUUUUCCUUGGACUGAACCAAAACAUCAACAAGAGCUGAUAAAAAUAAAGAUUUAGAAAGUAGCAGUGAAACAGAGGGACAGAGAGGUGGUGGUGUUGGUGGGUUUGACACACUGAAAGGCCAAGCCAUACACAGACUGGAGCAGUCUCCUCCCCUCUCUGGACUGGCCUAUAUUAACUGUCCAUGGAGCUCCACCUCACAGCCAGAGGCACAUGGAGUGGGAUAACACUCUGAGAAUACAUUCACAUACCCACACACACAUUUACAGGGAGAUAGUGGAAUGCACUAAAACCUGUACACCUGUCUCACCGUCGGACCUGAACUGUUGGAUUUAAACUACAAUUCUCCUGGAUGGGAUAUUACCUUUUGUACCAUGUUGCGACACUCUUCUUGGGAUAAUUCCAGUCUGGGUGAGUUGCAAAAAUGUUCAACUUUCUUUCAAACAAAUCAACAUUAGUGUGACAGACAUGUGGCAGAGAGUACUGCUGAUUUUACCUCGCAUUAAGGUGAAAAAAAUCAAGAGAAAGUAGAAAUAUGGGUGUUGCGGUUUUGUGAGCUUGAGAAGAGGACUGGCGCUGAGACGCUCAAGUGCCCUACAUAGAUAAAAGUGCGAAUGUAAGAGUCUGAACAAAGGUUUUCAUGGGAAAGUUGCCCCAUUACACAAGUGUGACCCCUGGAUUGUAAUAAUGCCCUGUGUUUUGUUUUGAACCAGUGUUACAGCUGACAGAUAGUACAUGUGGCGCCUCUGUAAUCUCAGCUAAAAGACACGGUCUGAGGUGUUGGACUCAGACUUGAUGUCAACUGUUUGUCUCAUGAUGUAACAAGUAAAGCCGGCGUUUAUGACCCUGCUGGAGUAAGUUAUGGCUUGUGACUGGAAUAUAAAUAACAUAAGAACAGCAGAUUUUCUUGACCUGUUGACUCCAAAAAAAAAAUAAAAAAUGAAUGAAAUAUGAAAAUACAGUUUAGCUUCACCUCCUGACUUUUUCAUGUACCAGGUGGCAAAGAGCGCUCAAAGAAAAGGCAAAACCUCUUCUGCAGAUUUGGUAUUUUGGAGUCACAGCUUAAUCGGUGAGUUUAAAGGUGAGGUAGGAGACAGUCAGUGGAAAGAGUAUUAUGUAAAGGGGAGGUAGAGGCUGUCCUGCCAAGUUCCUGAGGAUGCAAAGUGUCCCUGCUUGGUUAGAAGAUGGCAGGGUAUUCCUCAAAGGGUGGCUCAAAAUGUCACAUCGGUAAAUAUAUGUCCUCGCAGAGAGCAAGGAGUGACUGACUCAACAUCUGACCUCAGAAGACAAUGAAAACACAGGUCUUAAAGGUAUAAUUUGAUUCUCAGUUUGAUUUAUAAACUCAUUUUAAACUAUCAUCUGGAAAAACUGCUGUGUCCUUUUCAAAUUCAGCCUAACAUUAUGGGAUCCAAUUGUUUACAUUUCAUCUAUUACAUAACCAUGUGUUUUAGAGCUGAUAUAUCAGAGAAAACAUAUUUAUACCUUCUCCUCACCUAAAAAAAGAUUACAUAUACAGAGAUGAUCCUUAGUGUUUACCCUCUUUGUAAACCACUACAGUAAGCGGUUCUCUGAGUCUGUCGCAUCCAGCUCAGUCCGCAUGCAGUCCCUGCUGUUCCUGUAUCGCAGAGCCCAUCCCGGCCUGUGAGAGGCAUCUGCAUUCUUAGGCACAUGGGUUCCCACAUGGUCUGUCUGCGGAUGCUGAUGUAGACUCGCUGCAGCGUCUGUGAUGCUGCUGCUGCCUGCUGCCUGCCCGCCCAUCCAUCCAUCACAGCAGCAGCAUCCACAGUUAGAGAGAGAGGGAGAGGACCAGAGGCUGCAGGACACUAUAACCGCAGUCCGAAUAAGGGAUCUGAUCAGCCUGUUUUCUUGACUUUGUUUUGCUCGGGGAGAUCAGAUAUGAGGGCGGACCGUCAAAAGAGAAACCCCUGCGCAUCCCGGUGCCAGAUGGACUUUUUAUAAAUCCGCACGACGCAGUGAGUGAACUGUCCCAGCAGUUUCCUCACUGGCUCGGCUCUUGCGUGUCAUAAUCUGGAAACAGCGUUAAUUCCCACCAAAACAAACAGGCUGGAGAAAAACAAAUCGUGGAAAAUCCAGCAAAACAACAGGGGGGAAAGAGCUAGUGCUAUGGAUAUAGAGGGAAUCAAAACGGUUCUGUUUAUUUGACUUAAUCAGUACGAAACAUUAACAUCGAGGACUUCUAUUCAGGUAAGAGAAUAAGCUUUCGUGUUGCCUGAUGUUUUGGUUCCACUAUUGUUUUUCUUUUUCUCGUCUUUUUGGAUGUGGAUACAAGAGUGUAGGGUACUCUUAUUCAUACCUCUCAUUCUUUAAGGAGGACUAAAACUACAGCUCUUAAAGUGGGCAAAAACUCCUCCUUUUCUUUGACCUACCUGACGAUGUUUUGACAAAGAUGAUUUCCCAGUAAACGUGUUAUAAGUUAGCAGGUGUCACUGAACUUUGUUUUAAACGUGCCUCAUCUCCUUGUAAAGAUCUUUAUGGUGUUGUUGAGCUCUGGAGGCAUGACAGUUAAACGGUCCAGUCGUAAUUGUAUUCGUAAAAUCGUGAGUAAAUAUAAAGUUUGAUUUUGAAUCCAGCGCUGUCAUGUGAUCCCACACUUCAAACACAUGUUUUGAAUGAAUUCCUGCUGCGUUCAGGUGCUGCUCGGAAAUCUGAUAUUUAAAGAGUUUAUCAGUGCGUUUCAUCAGUGAUAGUCAACUAAUAUUGACUAAUAUUACUACACAUUGUUUUUUUACGAAGCGUUACUUUAAUCGAUGUAAAUAAUGAAUAAUACAUACGACGAAAAAUACAUUUUAAUUCUUUGCUUUAUCUUUAAAGUGCAAGUUAAUUAAUUCUGGUCAUUAAAAAAGUAAGGUUUAAUUUGAGGUUAUAUUAGAGAUAUUAAACAAAAUAAUGUGAGGAAACAUGUUCAUACAAUUUCAACAAAUGUAAACUGUGCAGCUUCAGUUCAGGGGCGUGCCCAAGUGGAUGGCCUAGAGUGGCAGGGGUUCAUUUUUGCACCCACCUGGUACUAUCCCAUUAUUCCUUGUCUCAACAUGAUAAACACGUUAUCAAAAACAAGCAGUUGGACAAUGUUACUACAGGCUACCCAAAGGUUUCUUGGAUAGUCACUUUGACCAUUUAAAUGCAGAAGAACUCAAAAUUGAAAUUAUCAGUGAUGUUUCUUUUGUGAUACUUUAUGAAGUUUAAAAUUUGAUGUUGAUGAUACAACAUCAGUAGUCAGUGUAGAUGAGAUGAUAAGAAUUAGAUCGGUACAGAGAGAUAGGCUAGGUAUGUAUUCAUUUAUCAGUCAGUCUGAUAAAUACAACAACACAGACACACAGACAUACAGAAAGCUAACAUAAACGCUAUUCAUUAAAUAAUUGAAUUUCCAUGAAAGAAUCGAUUUUCAAAAGGGGAAAGAAAUGCCUUUGCUUUAAUGUUAUUGUCAAAAAAAAGUUUAGUAGUUUAUCACAUUUUUUUCACAAGGUCUAGAAUAAUGGAUAUUAAGGUGGCUCUACGUUUCAUUUUUGUGCCCACUUCCAUGAUAGUUAUUGGUUCUUGCCUCUUUUGAACAGCACUCUAAUGUUGCGAGGUCAAUUCAAAUCAAUCAAGCAAUGUACCUUGUUAAAGUUAGAAAAUUAAGAGUUACUAUAAUCAUUCGGACCGUGAAGUGCUCUCACGGUGAUUGGGAAUUUCCGAUCGGCCGUGGAGGGGGUCGUGUGACGUCACACCUCCCUUUCAUAGCCGUGCCCAGCCUCAAUGGCGAUUGCAACAGAUUCUCGGAGCUCAGCAGCAGAGCACCGUCAAACCUCGCCAAGGGUUUGAUAACAGAAAUAACCAAUCUAAUGCGACGAAUAAGGACUGUAAGUAAACCGCGGCAUGCCUAUAUUUGUCACCGCUUUUUACACCUUAUGUCUGUUCGCUGUAUAUGUUUUACCUUUUAGCGGUUCUAACCGUUGACGGCUUUUGUGCUGCUUAGCGCGAGGCGAGCUGUUUCCACGUAGUCAGGAGCCUCCGCCAACAACGAGCCCUUUGUUCGUGCUAUCAGAGGGUUUCACCUCUACGUUUGCGAUGAUAUUUCUCAAAUAUGUAGCGAAAGGGGUCAUUAUCUUUUUUAAUGUGAUGUUGAAGAUGUGUCUGUGAAUGGUUGGUCGUGGCAGUUUGUUAAAUUUAGACUUAAGUCGAUUAAGGUCUGACGGUGGCUCGUCUGUUGGCCGUUAUGCUUCCAUUCUUGGCUUUUUUUCCGCCAGCCAGUCAGACCGGGUGAAGGCCUGAAAUAGGCAGUAUUGAUAUAGCUACACAAAUAAUAGAGUAGUUGAUCAUUUAAAACACAAUAUGGGAGUAUCCCAGUUAAUUUAAUUCCUUGUGAAGUCUGUGUGUGUGUUUAUCUCAUAUUUACCGAUACCCAUAAACCGGACUAGCGAGCGCUUAAACCGGGCGGGGGAGGGUUAGUUUCCAUUAGACACCACGUUUACACUAAAGCCGGUGAAUAAUGGUUUCUUGUAAUAUUUUAUUAACCUCCCUAAAUAUUUUAAACUUGAUAAGAGUAGGGUGUGACCAUUUUGAGGUAUUUUGCGUAUUCAAACGAUGGCUCCAGACCCUUUCUUUUCAUGCUCUGAAAACAUACCGGCCAGCCAUAACAUUAAUAACACCUGGAUAGUCUAAUGCAACCCAAAACAACAGCUCUACCACAAAUCCUACCUCUUUAUGAAGCAUCUACAUGAUCAGUUUUUGUCGACGUGGCACGACUGGUUUUGUUGUACUUGAUAUUUAUUAUAGAAAACGUAGUGGGUUUUUGGUAGAGAUGUUUUAUUAGCAGAGUUGUUGUAUUGGAUUACACUAUCUUACCUAGAUGUUCAUAAUGGCUUAGCUUAUAUGGUUUAUAUUCUAUUAAACUAAGCCUUUCUUUGUUGUCUUUUUCUCUUUUCUUCCAGGUUAUACACAAGUAAAAUGGAGGAUAGUUUUGAUUGUGACUGUGGCGAGCUUGAGCCACCUGAUCAUUGAGGGUGAAUAAUAUCUUAAGACUUAAAGGCCAGACUCAUUUCAGUUUUAUAGAUCAGGUUACUUGACAGAAAAAAAAACAAAAACAAAAAAAAACAAAACAAACAUAGACAGAUACUUCAAAAAAAGGUGUGUAUUUAAGCACAUUUCACAUGAAGCUACUCAGGACCAGUCAUACACUGAAUGUAUCUGCACUGUAAGGAUGCAACUACAUGAUUUUAUAGUUAAACAUAAUAUAAGUGCUUUUUAAUUGGCCCCAUUCUAGUUCAUUCCAUUUCUGUUUUUGAGCACUAUUCUACUAGAACCAGUUAUUUAAGGAGGAAUUAAAUAUAGUAUUAUAUCUCCUUAUUUGAAAUGGGAAAAAAGAUGGAUUACAAAUUUGUGCCCCACAUUUGACUGUGACAGUCCUCAAGGGGGGACAGGGUAGUCGUCUAUACAGGGGACCGUCAGUUUUGCCUCUGAAGCAGCGGAGGACUUGUCUGACAGAUUCCUCUGUUGGUCUUAAAGUUUGACUUGAAAUAGCCCAGAGACCAAACAUUAGAAAUAGCUAAAGCUUAGUGUGUGAAAAAAGGCAAAACUAAUCAUCAUGGCUGAGAAAUUUGAGUCCCUGAUGAACAUCCACGGCUUUGACCUGGGUUCUCGCUACAUGGACUUGAAGCCUCUUGGCUACGGAGGGAACGGCUUGGUGUUCUCUGCAGUUGACACUGACUGUGAUAAACGUGUAGCUGUGAAGAAGAUCAUCUUGACCGACCCCCAGAGUGUUAAACACGCCCUGAGGGAAAUCAAGAUCAUCAGACGCUUGGACCACGACAACAUUGUCAAGGUAAGACGCAUGAAGAGGACAUGAAUCGCUAAGAAUCUUAAUUUUUGUCAUGUUGAAAGGAAACAGGGUAGAUUUACACCCUCUUGUAUAAACGGGGCAAUACUAAGCUUUUGUUUUUUUCUUUCACCAGGUGUUUGAGACACUAGGCCCCAACGGUCGCAGGCUAACAGAAGAUGUGGUGUCCCUGACAGAGGUCAACUCUGUCUACAUCGUGCAGGAGUACAUGGAGACAGACCUGUGUCAGCUGUUGGAGAGGGGCCUCCUGUCUGAGGGCCACGCCAGGCUCUUCAUGUACCAGCUCCUCAGGGGCCUGAAGUACAUCCACUCUGCAAACGUGCUGCACCGUGACCUCAAGCCUGCCAACCUCUUUGUCAACACAGAGGACCUGGUGCUGAAGAUCGGGGACUUUGGGCUGGCCCGCAUUAUGGACCCCCACUACUCUCACAAGGUAGGACCACUUUUUAAGCAGCAGUCCUAGUCUUUUGGUAAUUGUGAUAAAUGGGUGUUUAGAUUUUGCUGAGUGCAGAGAUAGGCAGUAUGUAAGUUCCGAGAAGAGCACUUGUUAAAUAUUUGCAAACCUUGUGCCCAAAGAUAAGCUCUUUGUUGCACGGACACGUGAUGUUUAGGUUAUUGCCCACUAGUUAUGUCCGGACUCCCUGGGGUGACGCAGUUUCACUGCAGGAAAUAAACAAGACGGGAUGUGGUUCUUGGAGGUAACGCCUCCAUUUCCCUUGUCAGGAGAAUUGAGGCUGCGGGAAGCACAACCAUGGGAACUGUUUGUUUUCCGCUUACAAGUGUAUACAGCUAGAAGUGAAAACAGGCUCAAUUCCAGAUCUAAAUAUAAAAAUGAGUGGGUUCAUCAUAUAAAAAGAUGAAGCAAAUCUGCACUCCUCCUAGGUGGGAAAAAGACAGCAAAUGUGUGAUUGUAGCAGGGUUAGUUCAGCCUUGAGCUUUCUUCAGCCUCUGAUGGUGAUGUUGAAGGCUCCAGGCUUCAGCAGAUCCAUUAUAGGCAUAAAAACACAUAAGAAUCUAUUUAUAUCUUGGAGCACAUGUUUUCCUUCUACCAUUUUCACGAGGUCAUUUCUCCAUUUUCACGCAUAUGAACCAUCCAAUCAAGAAAACUGGGUCUCAGGGAAGGCUGUUUUUUUGUGUUACAUUCUUCUCUUCUUGUUUCUUUGCACCCGUUGCCAGCAAUAUAUAACUGCAGCAUUAAAAGCCAGAUGUUCGCUCAACAAAUGUGCAAUGUAGACAUGUUAAUGUUCCCUUUCAACCUGUAUAUUGUUUGUGAAGCUGUGUAACGGCCGCAGUAAAGUCUUUUAUCUUUGCUGUGUGAACAGUAUGGCUUAGCCUGUGUAAUUGUAGCCAGGUGGAAGGCUGCGCUGCCCUUGUGUCUUUCUGUCACCUUAUAAAGGGAUGAGGAAAUUCCAGUCUGAGGCCAUAUGGUGGAGUGAUGUGAGGGAAUCUUGUUUGGGAAAUCUCCCUCCCUCCCACACUGUAGCUGCUGCAUCUUAGAGCACCGAGGUAGUCAGAUGCUUACACGUGUCUCAGAUUAGUCAUCGGACAGUCUGAAGCGGGCUCACGUGAUGUGAUUCCUCUGGCUAACACGGCCUCAUUCAUAUCCACUACACAUCCAGGAGCCGCACCAGACAUCCCCCUGAGACAGGCUUACACACACUCGCUUACUACAACGACCCGUUUCAGCUCGCAACUAUUAUAACUACUACAACUACUGCCGUGUUUCUGUCGCGUCGUCACGUUUCUAGUCACAACUUCUUCAUUCUCAUAUGAGUCAUAUCUGUGGUGAAGACAAUGGUUGUCUCUCAGGAAGCGGAAAACAAAGCUUCGUACUUGCCGGGAAUGAGUGAGAGUUUCUCACACGGUUCAGUCAGUCGAGAAACCUGCUCAGUGUCGGUGCAUUCCUCACCUUCAGCUGGGUUUUCCAUGUGGGCGUUUUUUUCAUGUAUGAGGGCAGUUUUUCUUGAUGUGGAAACAAACAGACAAGAAGGGUAUCGAAAAGUUGCUUGUUUGGGGUCAGCUGUCUCGCGUGUUUGACUUCUGUCUGGAGCAGAUCGCUGCCUGUGGGUUUCUGUCCCAGAUUCAAAGGCUAUAUGCUCAUCUGACUUUUAACAGUUUCACCAUGCUUUCCUAACAGUGUCUGUUUUAAAACUUAACCUGAUUUGGUCCGGUUUAGCAACAACAGGGAGAUUUCCAUGAAUAAAUCGUCUCCUGUUUGCCGUCAGUACAUUUCAGUAUAUUUUUAAGGCUAACAAAUUCUGGUUACAAAUCGGUGCAAAUGCUGGUGCACUUACUGAUACCUGAUCCUAAAGCUGUACACAAAAUACCCCGACCCUGUGUCCUUGGUUGUAUUAGGGUCAUUUUGUGUGUCUGUAUAAAUAUUGGAACAAUUCAAGCCAUGUAUUUUUCCGUCUAUAUAAGCAGUUUUUCCCCUGGCAGGGGGAAACAUGCAGGCUAGGGGUUAUUGAAAAGCUGCCUGCAUUGGGUCAGCUCCUUUUUUUCCGUUGUCUGCUUAAGUCCUGCAGCAGACUACUGCUGUCGAAUGAGGGUACAGACACUGAAGGCACACUGACUCUAAUAGGCUUGACCCUGCUCUCCUUUUCUAAACUGUGCUGCAGUUUCUGUCUCCACUGUGAUAACAAUAGCAUUUUGGUUUGGUUUGGUUUGGGGGAGAGGACCCAGCUAGCCUCUUUAACGUGAAACCACAUGCAGUCCUCCGGAUGUGUCUGGUGUCACUUACCAAAUGAGGCGUGUGUGAAAAUGAACAUAUCUCCUUCACAUGACACUGUGGUGCCCAGUGGAGUGUGGAGGUGUAGAAAAACAGUUGGUUUCAGUGCCCGGCCAGACAUUAGAGGCAGAAUCAUGGAGGCAAAUUUGCUUUCACAACCGGUCUCUACUUGAAUCAGGCAGGCUGAGCUAGAGCAGCUGUGUAGCUGAGUGCAUGUUAUUUGAAUAACACCACUUCUAUAUAAAGAAGCUCCUCUCCCCCAGUGAAGCUCAGACCCUGGCGGAGAUUCACUAAUGAUGUAUUUAGAUUCAUGCAUCGGUGGUGAAGCACAGAGUAUUUGUUCCACCUUCUUCCACCCACGUCUACUGCUGUUUUUGUGUAGCUCGGGUUAGAGAAAACAUCCCCGCUCAUGAUGCCCUUCAGGUUUCCAUUAAUCCAUCAGGCUUCUGUGUUAAGUAUGUAGUACGCGGCUUGCCAAAAGUACCCGUGUUUCUGUGCCGCCUCUCCAUUGUUGAGAGAAAACCAGUUGUUUCUGCCUGUGUGAACCGCAAGGCCAACCCUCGUGGUGGCUCAGGAUCAAGAAUGACAAGAAUUCACGUGCACUCGUCUAACUUCUCCAACCCUCGCUCCCCUCUCUUUUUUUUCCCAGCCAGCUCUUUGUCUUGCUGUGGGAGCUGGUUCAAGUCUUCACCUAAAGCUUAUGUGAAUUUACACUGUAAGCCCCUUUCCUUCCAAAGAAAAUGAGGUAUUGGGGAUAUAAUACUUCAGUACGGGUUUGUAGUAUUUCUUCUGUGGUUGUAAACAAAGGCUAGCUGCGGCUGUAAGCUACUCCUGGAUACUUCAUUAGCUCUUUAGACGUGCGUCUUAGCUGAGUGAUUUUCCAUCUGCUCCCUGUGGACACAUAGUUUUAAGUUCAGAGGUGAAAUAAGGACUGGAGAUGUAAGAUAAGCGGCAUACGUAGUGAGGUCUAUUUGCAUUGUAAUUCAAUUUAAACUAGGUUCACUAAUGUAAACUUGAAAACCAGUUGGAUGUGCGAUCCUGUGUCUGCCUGUGACUCGACCUAAAGAGGGUGAUAUGUGAUGCCGGAGAGGCAAUAAACUGAAAGCUUUGUAGGAAUGUUAUAAUAAAAGAGGGGUGAAGGGUUCAGAGAGGUCCUUUGACUCACACGGGCAUUCUGCACAACACAGCUGAGGAGCGCACACAGUUGACCUAAUUAUUUUGUCAGCAAACGGCCCUGCCCGGCACCAGACUUCACAUGAUCUCACCAGAAUAAUGCAUGGGAGUGGAGUUUAAAAUGCAGUCAAUUUCAGACACAUGGUUCCUCUUUCUUCUUUAGUCAAGAGAUGAUUUUCCUUUUCUCUCAAGUAGUGGUAGCUUUUACAACAAUCCGAAAUAUAUGAUAUUAAUUUUAUGAGGAGAUGAAGUAGGGUGUCCUGAUAUUAAGGACUCAGAAUCAGCGAGUCUUUAUUUGUUUUGUUUUUCCAUUUUCGUCACAUGAAUCAAAGCCAGCCGUGAAUAAGAGAAUCAGCACUUCAGCCGUGUAGGGUCUUUAUGUCUGUGUGCGUCUGCAGUGAAGCUCCACUUAUCCUUCUAUUUACAGCUCAGUGGUUUGCCUGUGAACAGAUUCACGUGUGUGUGGGUGGGUUAGGACUAAAAUACAUCUGCUGCAGCAAAGAAAAGUGUCUCGUUUUAGUCGUCAAUCAACAGCCUCUGUGAAAAGGCAAACCUACCUUUUUUUAAUACCAUCUGGUCAGAGCUGCUGAAGGUUUCUCCCACCAACGGCAGCCUGACACACUAAGGGAGUCUUUAUGAGUCAUUAAAUGUCAGCCCGGUCAGAUCUAGAUCAGGUGGUUUACGUACUCGCCCACUGUUGCCAGAGGUACUGAGAAUGGCUGAUGCUUUCAUGCCCGUGUGUCUGUCCUCGUAGUGAGCACUUUAGUAAAUGAUCAGUAAAAGUACAAAUCCGGCUGCCGUGCACAGUUGAUGCCUUCAGCAGGAAUGUGAACUUCAAUCGUCUCCUUGUUAGUUCAGAGUCCACUGCGCAUAGACUUGCCCUUUCGCAAUGACCUGACACUCUUUCCAGCGAACCUAAUCUACAUUUCUGUCGCAAUGUUUUGUGCGGCUCGGUUGUAUGUAUUUCCCCAUGGUAACUAACGACAGUCACACAGGUCAGAUAAAACCAGUGGCUGUUUCUCAGAGCAGGUGCUGUGUUUGGCUCGCACGUUUCAGUCAGUAGGUGAGGAGUGACCUGCAUGUGUGAGCUACUACCUCGUAAUACCUCACGACCUCCUUACAAGCUUGUUGAAAGCCACUGUUAGGCUAAGACAAAUGGAUUAAAGGUUGUUGUGCGAUCUACAGGCUCUAUAGCGUGGUACAGACCCGUUAAAAAAAAAAAGUGUGGCGUAUGAUUUAUUCCUGGACAGGGUGACAUCAAGCAUACGUGGCUAACUUAGGGCGGAAAGAGGAGACAACCAUUUUGGUCUCACCACAAGUGACCGCUGAACGGAGGGGGAGAGCGAGGGGCAGCAACGGUGUUGUUUUACCGCAUCCCCUCCCCCAGUAUCCCAGUGCACGCACACACACACACACACACACACACUCACACACACUCCGUUUUCUGUGUGUCCGGUGUCCUCCUGCUUCUGUGAGCAGUCAGGCACCGUGUGAGAGAGCGGAGUGUAGAUUGGUGUCACUGGUGUGUCAUUGGUGAGCCGAGUGUGUGGCAGCAGGGGAUUAUCCUGCUCUCUCAGACUGCUGACAGGGCCCGCACGUGUCCGAUCUCCCCCCCUUUCAUCUGUCUUUUCUCUCUGGGGUCUUUGUCUCCUCACUGGGCUGCGUACGUGACCAGCACAGAGCAGGUCCGUCAAGGAGACUGCACAGGGGGAGGGGGGUCACGGGGUUUAGUAUGGACCAGCAGGCAUGGUGUGAUCUGUGGCCUCGUGUUGAGCGGCAAACAUUAGGGCACAUGAAAAUCAAAGUAUUAAAAUAUUUUCAUAUUUGAGAGAGAGAGAGAGCAGGUUUGAAAGCUUCUCAGCCAGGAAAAAAACAAACAUUUGGACUCAGGAGUUCAUAAACAAAGCUAGAUCCAAAGUUUUACAGUUCAGAGGUUUUUUUUUUCCUUCUCUUCUUUGCUUUGGGUUUUUUCUUAUCCCAUGAAAUAUUUCCCUCCAUCAGGGCCAUCUUUCUGAAGGUCUCGUCACCAAGUGGUACAGGUCUCCUCGCCUGCUGCUCUCUCCCAACAACUACACCAAAGCCAUCGAUAUGUGGGCCGCCGGCUGUAUUUUUGCUGAGAUGCUCACAGGGAAAACCCUCUUUGCUGGUAAGUGUUGACUCUUCCGUGUGAGUCACAGUAACACCUCAUAUGUAAAUAUACUCAGGCAUAAUCUUUGGAGAAGGCUAGGUUCCUCUGAUGAGGUAAGUAUAGAGUUGUAGAUCUGAUGAGGUGUCUUUAUCCUACUUGUGCAUGUGUAUUUGCUCAGAACAGACAAGCUUUGAGUCAGUCUGCGCUUAUCGCCCCGGUUGCUCUCCUUCCAGAUCUGUGUGAGCUGGGAGAGAGAGAGACGGUCUGCUCUUGUUUGUUGAAAGUGCCUAGAGCUGUGCGCAGGGCAAAUAAUAUCCCAGUUCUCAUGAUCCACAAUGUUCAGUCUGGCCGCUGUUGGAUGUUGUUGUGUAACUAUUCUAAGAAAAAGCCCGCUGUCUGUGUGCCUGCUCUUUCAGGAGCCCACGAAUUGGAGCAGAUGCAGCUCAUACUGGAGUCCAUCCCUGUGCUGCGAGAGGAGGACCGUCAGGAGCUCCACAGCGUCAUCCCCGUUUUCAUCCGUAACGACAUGUCCACGCCUCACACACCACUGGCCAAGCUGCUGCCUGAAGUCAGUCCCCAGGGUGAGUACUCUUAUUAGUUUUUAUUUAGUACUUCUUGAAUUAUGAAGUACUCUUAGAAUGCACACCCAACAUAAAGGUCAGGACUGGAGGGUGACAUUUUUCGUGAAUUCCCGUGGGUCGUGUGAUUCCCACGGGAAUCCCGCGGGAUGGGAGUAAUUUUUUAAUUAAUCCCGUGAUUGGGACGGGACGGGAAAAAAAGCAACAGGAGCGGGAACAACAUUAAUAGAUCAUUUUCAGCCGUGUUAAACAACCAGAUGAACAGAUGCGUCCAUUUUUGUAGUCAUCUCUCAGUGAGAGCUAACACUCUUGACCGUGCUAGCAACACAAAAGAACUACAACAGUGGUUUGACUUCCUGUCACCACCGCAAGUGAAAAGUGACUCCGACUCGGCUGUCACUUUUACCUAAAUUUUUGUAGGUAAUUUUAAAAUAAAAAAAUGCAACGUUUUUCAACAUGUUUGGAUUUAUUCAAAUGGGAGCGGGACAGAGUGGGAGUGGGACAGGAGAGGAUUAAUUUUUUUACUCUGGUCUGGGAUUGGGACGGGAUUUUUUCUCUGGGAGUGGGACAGGACAGGAGUGAAAAUCGGCUCCCGUGUCAUGCUCUAGUCAGGACUUCUCAUACGUCACACAACACGUUUCAUACCUGAUAAUCUCAUCGUUGUACUUCUCUCACUGCAGCUUUGGAUUUCCUGGAGAAGAUCCUGACCUUUAACCCCAUGGAUCGUUUGACCGCAGAGGAGGCCCUGGCCCACCCCUAUAUGGCUGACUACUCGUUCCCCCUAGACGAGCCCAUCUCUCUGCACCCCUUCCACAUUGAGGAUGAAGUCGAUGAUAUCCUGCUCAUGGACCAGAGCCACAGCCACACCUGGGACAGGUCUGUUUACUCACUUUUGUCUUCUCACAGUUCUGCUCCCUCUUUGACCCACCUCAGGGAUUCAAACUUAGAUUAUUUUUUUUCCUCUGUGACUUUUAGUUUGAGUGGAAAAUAUUUGUCUCUGCUCCCAAAGCAGUCUUAUUUUGGAUAUACAGAUUACGUAACAAGAAAAAGAACAUAUUUUAAUGGUUUGUUUGCAUAGUGAGAACCAGUACUGACUUUGUGUGUUUGUUGUCGUUCUGUGUACUUAAGUUUUCCCUCUUGUUCCCAAUAAGGUAUCAUGAGAGCCAGCUGUCUGAAGCUGACUGGCACUUGCACAGCACUCAUGACCCAGAUGAAGUUCAAGUUGAUCCAAGGGCUCUCUCUGAUGUGACGGACGAGGAGGAGGUUCAGGUAUGUUUUAAUCCGACAGCGACAUCUCCACUCUUAGUACUUCACUUCUACACUUUUGAACGCUUACGUAUGAGAGUUGUGCAAAGAAACUGUUUCCCAAAUGUGAGGAGUACAGAUCGAGCGCGAUAUUGGCCAACAAAGAUUACAUAAGAAUUGCAGCGUCGGUAAAUCUUUGUAGGCCGGUGGCUACUUUCCAGGCUUGAACAUUUAUGCCGCUGACUCACUCAAGUUUCCUUUUGACAGAGAAAUAAGAAAAUAAACGAUUGCUAUCUUUUUUCAGGUGGAUCCUCGUAAAUAUGCUGAUGGAGAUCGGGAGAAGUUCCUGGACGAGCCGUCCUACGACUACUCCACCAUGUUUCAGCCAGAGCAGUCCUGGCAGGAGGACGACCACCACGAGAACAAAUACUGUGACCUGCAGUGCAGCCACACCUGCAACUACAAGGCCGUGUCCCCCUCCUACCUGGACAACCUCAUCUGGCGAGACAGUGAAGUCAACCACUACUACGAGCCUAAGCUCAUCAUCGACCUCUCCAAUUGGAAGGAGCAGCAGAGCAAGGAGAAGGCCGACCGCAAGGCCAAGAGCAAAUGUGAGAAGAACGGGCUGGUAAAGGCUCAGAUAGCGCUGCAGGAGGCAGAGAAGACCCAGAGUCCGGUGGAGAAGGACAGAGAGCAGGAGAAACAUCAGACAGAGAAGCCUCAGAGCCAGCAGAACCAGGGCUUUGACUUUGACUCCUUCAUCGCCAGCACCAUCAAACUGAGCCUGCAGCCCGAGCCGUGUCAGGAGGCCGCGCUGCUCCACGAAGUGGGCCUCCUGAACGAGCUCAACUCCUCUGUUUCCCAGCUGGAGCCUCCUCGCUCCGGCUCCAUGUCCAAGUCCAUAAGUCAGGAGAAGGAAGAGAAGUGCCUGGUUAACCUCGCCCAGUUAGGCGGAGGAGGUCUGGGGGACGGUGUCCGGCCUGCUCAGCCCUGGGAAAGCUUCGGCUCCGGGGAACAAAUUAGCGAGAGCGGCUGUUUGAUAGAUGAAGCUUGCUGGGACAUUCGCAAAGAGGACCACUUCCAGAAGGAGAGCACUUACACCAGCUACCUGGACCGCCUGUUCAGCCGGAAGGAAGAGGUGGUCGCAGAGACUGUGUCCACUACAGAGAUGGAGCCCUCGGAGAUGAGAGAGCUGGAGGAGAGCUUCCUCAGCAGGAACACAGAGAUUGUGCUCAACGUGCAGCUGGACUCUCUGGCCCUGCCCGGCUUUGACAGUACUGAUGACUUGCCUUUAAAAUCCAUCCAGGCGUCGCUCACCCCCUGCGCUGUCAAAUGCUCACCACAAAUUGCCCAUAAAACAUACAGCAGCAUCUUCAAGCAUCUUAAUUAAGAGUAUAUAUAUCCUCCCUGACAGUGCAAAAACUAGGCAGUUUUGUUUUUAUGUUUUUUUUUUGUUUUGUUUUUUUAAACAACAUGGUAUAUUAUUGUACUUGAAUCAUUUCAUACCUUUUUUAUGACGGUUACUUUUAAUUUUGUUUCUUUUUUUUAAGAAUUGAGAGGGGUGGUUUAUUACGGAGUUUGGGUCAUCACUCUGAGCCUUGAUCACCAGGCCUUCAUGGGUUAAUGUCUACGCCCUCAUUGCUAAACUGGCAUGUCACCCGCACAUUGAAGUACUGUAGACAAACGUGGAGAAGGAGAAGGAGAGAGAGUCAUCUGGAGGAGAGAGUGGAUGUAAGGAGAUGGUUUCUGAUUGAAGAGAUUUGGUUUGGUUGUUUGGGUGUGACAUAAGGAAGGACGGUAGAUGCUAACAUUGCUGUAGUCAUUAUAAGUGCUUUCAAACACAUUUUCUCGGGAGGGGAUUCAAGGAAAAAAAAGGGGGGGUUGGGAUGUCCUUUUUCUAAAAAAAAGUUUGUUUAAUGACAUUUUUAUUUUCCCUGACGAAAGCUUCCUUAAAAACCCUUUCAUACUGUAAAUCGACACAUGAUGCCAGCAGCAACCAUUAUCGUAGGCGUUAAUGUAAAUGUGUUAUCUACCUCAAGGUAACAGCCGCGAGAGACACUCGAAGCCGCACUAGUGCUUUACACACAUGACCAUCCUCAUGCCAUGAAAUGAAGUGGUCGCGUAGAUGAAAUCUGUCUCACUUUUAGCAUUUAACAUAGUGAGGUGUUUCAGUAAUCAUUAUUUAUUUCUAGCAGAUGUGUGAUAUUUAUUUUAUCAAAAAUGUGUUAUUUCAAUGUGAUUAUUGAAGAUGGAGGAGUUGGACAGACUUCCAGUUUCAUUUCGGCACUAUAUGGGCGUGUAAGUGUUCCUUUUGUUUUACGGUAGGAUGCAAAUUCAUCUGUUCUGUUUCGGAAAGGAGUUGAGGCUUUCUGUUUUCCACCAAUUUUGUCCAAAUGGAUAUCAUUCUUUUUUUUUUUUUUUGUUCAUUUUGUUUUCUAUUUAUAGGUGCGUUCUGUCUUUUAGUGGAAAAACUGCUUUAUGGUUUCAAGAAGCGCCUAAAGUCUUAAUUUUCUAUCUUAAUGUUAUGUAAAUGCGUGCAUGGAGGCAGGAGAAAGGUACAGUUAAAGUAAAGUCAAUGGUGAGUAUAAUGUACGUCAGUUUUAAUUGUACGUUUUUUGUUAAAUUUCUAUGUACUUUUUCCAAGCAAGCAUGAUGAAUUAGGUUAAGGUGUAGCAUGUAGAACACUUAUGGACUUUUUUUGUAAUCAUUGGUUCCCCUGUUCUACAAAAUAUCUCAAAAUAAAAUUACUGGUAAAAACUUUG